AUGGAUCUCAAAUCACAAUCAGAUGAUGAAGAUGAAAACAGAGAGGCACAGUCAGAUGAUGACGCUGGUUCAGACUUUGCAUUGCAAGACUCUGAUUAUGAUCUCAGUGAUGAUGAUGAUCUUUAUGAAGACAAUGUGGAUGAUGAUGAAGGAAAGGUGAAGAAGACACAAGUUAAAGAAAAUGUCAAAGUGGAAGGUGAUGGUGAUUCAGAAGAAGAAGACCUGUGGGCUCCUGAUUCAGAUGAUGACAAGGUUGAAAUGAAGCUCAAGACUUUCAGAAAGGAGGAUCUAAGCAAUGUGUCACUCCAUGUUGGCCUGAAAUUUGCUGAUGGUGCCAUGGUUAGAGCUGCUAUCAGGGAAUACAGCUGUCAAAACAGGAGACAAAUCAUUCUGCCAAUCAAUGACAGGACAAGGAUAAAUGGAAAGUGCAGAGGCAGUGAUACAUACUCAUGGAAUAUCUGGUUUAGCUAUGAUAAUAGGACAAAAUGUUGGAUGGCAAAGACUUAUGAAUCAAGGCAUAGUUGUAGGAAGAAGUGGAAUGUUAGGGCCUUCACUGCAGAUUUCAUAGCAAGAAAGUUCAUGGAGUCAUUCAAGGCUGACCAGGACAUGAACCUAAAGAAUUUUCAGAGACUUGUUCAAAAGGAUUGGAAUAUGACUCCUAGCAGCAGUAAGUUGAGAAGAGCAAGGAGGAUAGCAAUGAGAAGGAUCUAUGGGGAUGAAGAAGCACAGUACAGCAUGCUUUGGGAUUUUGGCAAUGAACUUAGGACAACCAACCCUGGCAGCUCAUUCUACUUGGCCCUUGAUGAAAAUGCAAGAUUCAGAAGGUGUUACAUGAGCUUGCAAGCAUCAAAGGUUGGAUUUCUUGAAGGCUGCAUGCCCAUUAUAUUCCUGGAUGACACUCAUAUAAAAACAAGGUAUAUAGGGCAACUCUUAUGUGCAGUAGGCAUAGAUCCCAAUGACUGCAUCCUGCCUAUUGCUAUUGCUGCUGUGGAAGUUGAAGAUACUGAAAACUGGACAUGGUUCCUGGAGACAUUGAAAAAGGAUCUGGACAUUGUGAACACAACUCCUUGGACAGUCAUGUCUGACAAGCAAAAGGGUCUGAUAGCUGCAGUGAGGGAUCAGUUUCCAGAUUCAGAACACAGGUUCUGUGUUAGACACUUGUGGCAGAAUUUUCAGGUACAUUUCAAAGGUGAUGCACUCAAGAACCAAUUGUGGGUUAUUGCUAGAAGUGCAACUGUUGUCAAGUAUGAGAAGAACAUGGAGCAGAUGAAGGCAUUGAACCCAAAUGCACAUGCAUGGCUGGAUAAUUUGGACCCAAAGACAUGGGUUAGGGCAUUCCAAAGUGAUCUUGCUAAGUGUGACAUCUUGUUGAAUAACAACUGUGAGGUCUUCAACAAGUAUAUUCUAGAUGCUAGAGAGCUACCAGUACUUGCAAUGUUUACUAGGAUUAAAGAUCAGAUUAUGACAAGAAAUUACACAAAAAGAAGAGAGGCCAACACUUGGACAGGUCCAUUAUGCCCUAAAAUCCAGAAGAAACUUGACAAACACAUAGAGUGGUCAAACAACAGUUUCAUAGAUGGUUCAGGUGAUGGUCUAUUCAAGGGUCAGCUGGCAGAACAGCUGCAGGCCAUGAGGCAGCAGAAGGACAGAGAGCUUGAGGAGAAGAGGACUGCCAUCUUAGAAGCCAGGUAUACAGAGAGAUUGAGGAGAGCUGAUGAGAAAGCUAAGAAGCAAGAGGAGGAGAAGAAGAGAAAGGAAGAGCUAGCCAAAGUCAGAGCACAAGAAGCAGCUCAGAAGAGGGAGAAGAAGAGGUAUGAUAUGGAGCUAAACAAGAAAGCUAGAGCUAUUACAAGGAAGAUUGUGAAAGACACCAAGAAGGAGCUUGCUCAAGAAAAGAAGGAGGCUGAGAAGAAAAGGAAGAAAGAAGCUGAAGAAGCAAAGAAGGCAGAGAAGCAAAGAGUUGCAGAGGAGAAUGCUGCAAAAAGAGCAAAAUAUUCUGAACAGCUAAGAAACUCAGAAGUGAUCACUGAUUUGGGUGAUGGAUCUGGAGUAGUCCAAGUGCCAGUCAAGAGGGUGAACAUGUUCGAUGAGUUUAGGCCAAAGUAG